UCGUCCCCCCGGAGCCGAGCCGGUGUGCUGAGUUGAGGUGCUGUUCUGUGUGCUCUUGCUCUCCCCGGCGUAGUUAGAGCAGUGCUUUGCGCCUGUGGUUGCCGCUCGCGCCCGACUCCUUCCUCUCUCCCUCUUCCCCGCAGCUGGCAGAUCCGGCAUCAGACUCAUGUGAGCUUCCCAGGUUUUGCCUAAUGGAAUUGCCUGGACUUCUACUACUUUAGAGGAAGAGGAGAUUUGUAUUCUACACAGUCAGCUCUGAGGGACUGCCCACUUUAUAUUUCAGAUGGAAGACUUUUGAACAGUAUGAGAGGUGUUUGUCUAAAGAAGAAACACGCAGCAUUCCUAAGUCCUGAGGAUCUUUCAGAUUGUCAGUGCACCAAAACGAUGUCACUGGAAUGAAGUGUGCUUUAGGAGAAAUGGCUACUUUGGAACAAAAGUAGCACUACACUUUGAUAGGAGUGCUCUCUGCAUGGUGCUGGUAAACGUGGAGGGCAUCCUGGCUGAAAAAUGAGAAGGAUGGUGACUGGAGGCUUUAGGGAAAUACAGGGAAAUAAAGAAAAGAGUGAAUGGAAGAGUGGAGAACUCCAGUUGCUGCUGAUGUAACUUCUCCAAGAGUAAUGCUUUCAACUGCCACCAGUCAUUCCAAGAAUUAUCUUUAUGUUCCAUGUAAAUUGUCAUCAUUUUGGAGUAGCAAAAUAAAGGAUUUGAAUGUUCUUGACAUCCUUUAUGAAGCGCUCUUAAAACAAAACUGAGUGAGCAUGGUUUUGGGAGCAAGUUUGUGAUGUCUCAAAAAUGAACGCAUGCAUUUCCUAUGGAAGAAGUGUUAAAAUUCUCUUGACUUAGGCAGAGGAUGAACUUGGAUGAGGUUUCUCAGAUGUCUUAUCCUAAAAGUGUUGCUUGCUGAAAAGAAAUGUAGAAAAUGGUCAGUGGAAGAUGAAUAUUAAGCACAAGGUAUAUAGGUCCUUGCAUCAUGCUCCUUGGCUUUGUGAGACAGCCUUAGCGGAGCUGCUUUCUCACCUGAUUUUUGGAAACUUUGGAUUAUUUCUGCAGUACUUGAGGCCACACCUCAGGUCUCGAGAAGAGGAGGCUCAGGGGAGACCUUAGUGCUCUCUACAACUGCCGGAAAGGAGGUUGUGGUGAGAUAGGUGUCAGCCUCUUCUCCCAGGAAUUUCUAUGGGAUGCAGAUCAUGCUACUGGAAUGCAUUUGGGUAAAGGAUGAGUUCUGCAUUUCUCUCAAAAGUCUUCCAAUACAUUUGCUUAAUUACCUUUUAAUGGCAUUCUAAGUGAGCUGAUGUGAAACAAAUGAUCUUGAAUCAUGAGUGAAGAAAAAAACAUUGGAGUAUCCCAGAAAAUGUUGUCUCCUUCAAGAAGUACUAGCAGCUGCUCCUCUAAGCAGGGAAGUCGACAGCAGGACAGCUGGGAAAUUGUAGAAGGACUCCGUGGAGCAAUGAAUUGUACCCAGGAACCACAGAAACAGGAAGGCUGCUUGCUGAAAAAAAGAAAAUGGCCUUUGAAGGGCUGGCACAAGAGAUACUUCUUUUUGGACAGAGGGAUUUUGAAGUAUUCUAAAUGCCAAGCUGAUAUAGAGAGAGGGAAGCUUCAUGGCUGUAUUGAUGUUGGACUUUCUGUCAUGUCUGUAAAGAAAUCAACAAAAUGUAUAGAUUUGGAUACCGAAGAGCAGAUAUAUCAUCUGAAGGUGAAAUCUCAGGAGCUGUUUGAUGAAUGGGUAGCAAAGCUUCGUCAUCACAGAAUGUAUCGUCAGAAUGAAAUCUCCAUGUUUCCUCAUGACGUCAAUAAUCUUUUCUUCCCAGUAUCUACUACUGUGGACUCUGGCCCUGGUGUGUGUGAUUCGACUCCAAGUAGAAAGACAGGGAGCUUGACCAAACAAAACUCGCUGUCAGCUGGUGGUAACUUGUCAUUUUCCUUUUCGAGUAAUGAGUCCAGGAUUCCAUCUUGGCUACAGUCUUCUGAAGACAUGGAAAAAUGCUCAAGAGAUCUCUCCACUUGUCACACAUAUUUACUGGAAAUGAACCAGCUGUUACAGAGCAUGGAUGUCCUUCACAGGACAUAUUCAGCACCUGCUAUAAAUGCUAUGCAGGUUGGACCUUUUGAAAGCCCAAAGAAGGAAAAGAGAACACAUAGGAGGUGGCGAUCUAGAGUUGUUGGGAAAGAGGCUAAAGGAACAUUACAGGUGCCUUCAGUGUUUUCUGCCCCUAUGAGACUACAUGCUUCCAAUCCUAACUUAUCUACAAUAGAUUUUGUAGAAGAGAAAAACUACUCUGAUGGCUCUGAAACAUCAUCAGAAUUUACUAAAAUGCAGGAGGACUUGUUUCAUAUUGCACAUAAAGUUUACUUCACCUUGAAGUCAGCUUUCAGCAGCAUAUCUACAGAGAGAGAAAAGCUGAAGCAGAUGCUGGAGCAUGAGGCAUCGUCGUCUCCAUCUGCACAAAUAGUUGGCUUGAAGAAUGCCUUAACGUCUGCAAUAGCACAAAACACAGAUCUAAAAGACCGGUUACGCAGAAUACAUGCCGAAUCUAUGAUCCUUGAUUCAGCAUCUAAUGCAAAAUCAAGUCCAGAUUUGGUGAAGGAAAAUUCGAGAGAAGAAAGCAGAGGUCUGGUUCACCAGAUCUCCAACGAAAGCAGGCUGUCUAUUGCUGACUCUCUUACGGAAUUUUUCGAUGCACAGGAAGUCCUACUGUCUGCUAGCUCUUCAGAAAAUGAGGUAUCAGAUGAUGACUCAUAUGUAAGUGAUAUUAGUGAUAAUGUCUCAGAAGAUAACCUAAGCAAUGACAUAGAGAAUGAAAGACAAACUUUAGACUGUAUUUCUGAAAGCGGAAUUGGAUGCCAUUCUAAACGGAGAACAUGUUUACCAGCUCCGUGUCCUAAUACUAGUAACAUCAGCCUAUGGAAUAUCCUGAGAAAUAACAUAGGAAAAGAUCUCUCCAAAGUGGCCAUGCCAGUCGAAUUAAAUGAGCCACUUAACACCCUUCAGCGUCUCUGUGAGGAGCUGGAAUACAGUGAACUACUAGAUAAAGCAGCUCAUACACCUAACCCAUUUGAACGGAUGGUGUAUAUAGCUGCAUUUGCAGUAUCUGCAUAUGCAUCCAGUUACUACCGAGCUGGAAGUAAGCCAUUUAAUCCUGUUCUUGGAGAAACCUAUGAAUGUAUUCGUGAAGAUAAGGGUUUCCAGUUCUUUGCAGAACAGGUCAGUCACCAUCCACCUAUUUCUGCAUGCCAUGCUGAAUCUGUGAAUUUUGCUUUUUGGCAAGAUGUAAGAUGGAAAAACAAAUUCUGGGGAAAGUCCAUGGAAAUUGUUCCAGUUGGUACAACACAUGUAACUCUUCCAGCUUUUAGGGACCAUUUUGCAUGGAACAAGGUGACAUCUUGCAUCCAUAACAUCUUAAGUGGACAAAGAUGGAUUGAACACUAUGGAGAGAUCAUCAUCAAAAAUCUUAAUGACGACACUUGUUACUGCAAAUUGACUUUCAUAAAGGCAAAGUAUUGGAAUCCAAAUGCACAUGAAAUCGAAGGCAGUGUCAUGGAUAAAACUGGGAAUGUUGUGCAUCGACUCUUUGGGAAGUGGCAUGAAAGUUUAUACUGUGGGACAACUUCAUCUUCAAAUUGCAUAUGGAGAGCAAAUCCAAUGCCUAAAGAUUAUGAACAGUGGUAUGGAUUUACUCAAUUUGCACUGGAAUUAAAUGAACUGGACCUGCAAACUAGGUCAUUACUCCCAUCCACUGACACACGCUUUAGACCAGACCAAAGGUUUCUAGAAGAAGGGAAUAUUGAAGCAGCUGAAAUGCAAAAACAGAGAAUUGAGCAGCUACAGAGAGAACGACGGAAGGUGCUGGAAGAAAACAAUCUAGAGCAUCAGCCUAGAUUUUUCAGGAAAUCCAAAGAUGACUCCUGGGUGAGCAAUGGAACCUACAUGGACCUUAGAAAAGAACCUGGUUUUUCCAAACUGGACAAUCCUGUCCUCUGGUGAAAGAGGAGCCAAGUGAAGAUAUUCCAUGCUGUAUUCCUGGGUGUGAUUUAAAAGAAGUGUGUAUAUAUAUGUGUAUAUAUAUAUAUAUAUAUAUAUAUACACACAUAUAAUAUAUGUGGGGGGGUGUGUAUGUGUGCAAGUGUGCAUAUCUCCAGAAUUGUGCUUAAUUUAGAAUCGGAUAAUUUGUUUUCUCUACUCUGUUUCAAUGAUUGUUUGAAUGUACAAAUACCCUAAGUUCUUUUUAUAAAAUAUUUAAUAAAUAGCACUGAAUGUUAACAAGUAGAGGGAAAAGAGGAGCUUUUACACUACUUUUCCAAUGUGUAAUAAUGUCAGUUAAGAGUUAACUUAUGCCUUAUUGAGUUGCGUUGAAGACAGUAGUAUCAGCAUCUCCUAGCUGUGCUGAGAAAUGAGCGUUAAGCCUUAGUGACUCAAACUCUAAGUAGGCUUCCACGGUUCAGUGAGUAAUUCAGCUGUCUAUGGACUGGUCUAAAUUGCUAAAACAGGUUAUCAGUUGGUGCUGAAAUCUGAGUACAAUCUUCUGCUGCUUGUGGAAAAGAUUUAAAUAAGCUUUUCUUUCUAUUAGCUUUCUUACUGGCAUUAUCAGAAGGGAAAGUUCUGCAGUUACGUCAGUGGAUCAAGUCAUAAAUGUAAGCUGUACCUGGCUAAAAGUAGUACUAGAAAUUCAGGAAUCGCCAAAAUUUUCCACUGAGAAUCUUCAGAUUUAUAGCCGCCAUCAGGGCACGAGGAGAUCUUUUGUAUAUAAUGUUUGAGCACUGUCUAGAUGAAGCAGCUCUCUUUUUGCAGGAAGUAGUAUGUAUACAGAGCACGAAAUCCUGUGCUUCCAUAGCUUCAUUUGUUUUUAUUAACCUAAAAACUGCAACAGUAAGACUUUUUAAAAAGUAAGCAAACUAACUGAUUGUUUUAAGCUAGAAAUUUUUUCUUAGUAUUUUGAUAUUUUCUACCUCUUAAGAAAUAAACAACAUAUUUAAGAUCUUAUAUUUAAAAAAUGACCAUCUGCCUUAUGGAGAAAUGUAUGGAAUCUUUGAUCUUCCUUUGUUUGUUUGUUAUAUUCAGAUAAACAUUCAAGUGUCUUGCACUAAAUCAGUUGCAUCUCUUUCCUGUAAUUUUAUACAUUUGGAUAGACUUGUGAAAGCACUAAAUCAUUGAUCAAAAUAUAGCAGGAAACAAAUGUAGCAGAAGUGUCGCUUUGAAUGAAGAUUAUAGUGAUGGGCGGUAUCUUUUUUUCCAUGAAAUCACAGUGCUAUAUUUAUUAACAGAAUAAUUUGCAUUCCUACCUAUGCGCAGUUCAAGCCUGACUCAUGAUUCUUCAAGUCUGUUCUGUGUGUCUGUGACUCUGGCAUCAACACGGAUUUCAGGUUUGGAUCUAUGUCCACCACCACUCUCUUUUCUUACAUACCACUUCAAAAAAUAAACCCUAUCUACGAUAACCGUUGUUUACGUGACUUAUAACUGGAACAUUUGGACGAUGCGUGCGUAAGAGUGCCUCUUAGAAGGACAAGUAGCUUACAGAAGCUUACAGUUCACUGUGUGCUGCUUUGUUCUAAAGAAAACCCAUUAAAAUUGAUCCAUAUAAUACAUGUGACAUGAAGGAAAUAGUAUGAAGACUUCCAUUUUAAACCAAAUCUGUGAUAUCAGUUUAGAUGUAUACUUAAAUUUUGCUUUCUGUUACCUUGAAGCUUCAUUGUGUCACAGGCAGACAGAUGUUUUUUCACUAUUAUUCACUUUGCCCAGGAACUCUGCACUCACUGUCAUUUCUGUAAUUUAUUACCAAAAAAGUUAGUAUAAUUUCUUAUACUUAAUAUGUCUUUUAAAGACUCAGCUAGCACUCUAGCAGCUUGCAACAAGGCAUGGUUCAAGUCAGCAUGAAAAUAAAAUCUGGGCUUGCAUUCAGAAGGAACUGUUAACCUUUGGGGACUGUUUGACUUUUCAAGGAAAAUGAAGAUCUCUUCAUGACUUGAAUCCUUCCUGAUUUAUUCUUGUAUUAUCAAAACUUGACACGGAAGUGUGUGGAUACUUGUAAUUAUUCUUGUUGUUGGCAAUUACUAUUUAUAACUAAUAAUUACAUGCAUUUAACAACAAAGGAGGGUAGGAGAAAGGAGGGGAAUAAAGCUUUAAAGAAAAGGAGUAACAUUUGUGGAGGAUGCAUUGAACAUGCUCAUUGUCAUAUUUGGCAGCUGUUAUGAUUAUUGUCUGAUCUGAUUGCUGGUUUUGCACUUUCUGUAUACGGAGUGGAUUUCCCCAUACUUUGUCAUAUGAAGAAAUAGUUAAUAGCGUUCAAAAUAAAGGGAUUAGGGGCAAAAAGGCAAAAUUAAAGAACUGUAAUGCAUUAAAAUCUGUGGGUGUUAAACAAAACUAACCUCAUUUUGAGUGUUUGAGUCACGAUUUUUGAGAAAUCCAACUGGCAUUGUUUUCCUGUAUCUUACAGUCUGGAAUGUCUAAAAGACACUUCAGUUAAAGACAAGGAGCAGUGAGCUGGCAAGUGCCUUAUAGAAAAGUGUUUCCUUUAGCAACAUUCCCAUGUCAAGAAGGCAAACAUUAGAGUUUCACUAUUCUCUCUAGUAAAAUAAUGCCCAAGAUUAUGCUAGGCAUUUUUUUUUUUUUUUUUUUAGAUAAAGCAAAAUUGUUGCACCAGUAAGAGCUCCUUUUGUACAUCUGUGGUACACAUCUGACAAUCUGGUGUAACUAGUGGUGAAUGAUCCUCUGACCCAGUGUUUCCAGCAGCAGUAUAGUUGCCCCUGCCUAUGUUUGUAUGAAAGAGUUGGGUUUAAUUGGUAAGCUUCUGUCAACUGUAUCUUAAGAAGUGGAAAGAAAUUGUCUUGAUGUUAUUUCUGUGUAUUUCUGUAUGAAAAUAUAUUAAUCAUUCACAAACUUUAA